UCAUGUAAGUGUAAUCAUGCAUAUUUGUCCUCUCUAAACUCCUUUUUCUCCCAACACUCUCCAUUUUAUUCAGUUUCAAAAUUGAAUCUGAAUUCUGUGAACUCAACCUAUUAAUAGCCCCAUCUCUGCUCUUGGUGUGGGUUCUCAUUGUCUCUCCCCUGAGAUGUGUGUCCUGGUCAUCUCCUAAUAGAAUGGGGCUCUCUGUGCCCAGUCUUGCCUCUCUCCCAUCUAUUUUUCAUCUUCUGAUAAACACCAUUCUAAAAUAUCAAGCUGCCUCUUGCAUAAAUCUUCUCUAUGUUUCCCCACUGCCUGCAAGAUGCAGUCAGCACAGUUCUCAAUUCUAAAUGUAAACUAGAAUUUCGUGAGGAGCUUUCAAAAUCUUUAGACGUCAUAGUCCUGAUGCUCAGAGUUCCCUGCUCUGGGGUAAGGCGCAGAAGUACUUUUAAUAGUUUAUAAACGCUCCCAGGUGAUUCUGAUGUGCAACUUGAGUGAGAAUUACCAACAAGAGCCACAGAAGCAGUCAGGGAUUUGCCCAUUGCUUAUGUUUCCCCCUUCUCUCCCAACCUCACCCCACUUUCAGCCCAUAGCUUGUCCUUCACCCAUGUUGAAAGAAUGAUAAAUUCUCCAAAAUAUCAACCUAUUAAUAUAUUUGGGUUGGCCAAAAAGUGUGUUAAGGUUUUUAUGUAGCAUCUUAAGGAAAAACCCAAAAUGCUGACCAGCCCAAUAUUUCAAGCCCUGUGAUUUUGAUGUAUGCUGUUCUCUGUGUCUGCAGAGCUCAUCUUUCCUCCUCAAUGUUUGUCAGACUCUUCCCUCCUUUGGCCCUCAAGCCAUCAGGUUUUUCCUCACAUUUUAGAGCCUCUAUCAUUUUAUUGCAUUUGUUCUUUACCUAUCUGCCUUCCCCCAUAGAAGUAGCUCCUUGAGUUGAGAGUUUGGGUCUCAUUUUGUUCCUAGUGUUAUCCCAGGACCUUACAUCUAGAACAAAGUCUCUCAACCUUGGCACUCUUGCUAUUUUGGACUAGAUAACCCUGCUGUGGGGCUGUCCUGCCCAUUGUAGGAGGCCUGGGGUCCCUAGUCUCCCCACUAGAUGCCAACAGCGCAUCUUUUGCCGCUUGUGACAAUCAAAACUCUUCUCUGGGUGGGGCUGGAGAGGCAAUAUUAGCCCUGAUUGAAGACACCUGAGUUGCUAAAGCUGCCUGGAGGAGGGAAUUCAUCUAAGGUGUGGCAGACCCCAAUAUUACUGGCCUCUGUGAAUCAAGUGUCCACACCUGUGGCGUUCCCGCCCCCAUGCUGAUACUGGCUUGGUCAUGUGACUUGCUUUGGCCAAUAGUCGUCAACAAACAUGAUGCCGGUGGAGGCAUAUAAAGCUCUUGUUGACUCCAGGCUUGCGUCUUGCAGUUUAGGCUUCAUGUAUGGAAGCCAGGCUAGCCUCUGUGAACAUGAGAGACCAAGCAAAAAGAGAGACACCCAGACAUUUAAGAGAAAGAAGUCAUCUCUCCCAACAUCCCAGCCAAGCUCCAGCUUCCAGUUUACCUACCAUGUGGAUAAGCCCAGCGUUGCUGUUAAGCACAGAGUGUGUUUUCUGAAAGGCUGUUCUUUACAUAAGAAGGUCAAACAUAUGGACUUUCUGUUUCCAAAGAGGGAGCAUAGUGUUACAGGCAAACAGCUCCUGAGUCUGCUAUCCAGAAGAACGUUUGGCUUCUUGACAUUGUCGCAUUCUCUCAAGAGAGUCCCAACGGACAGAAGAGGAAGGUCAAGAAGAAAAACCCUCUCCAGCACUCUUUCCUACACUACAGUGGCCAUGGUGUUAAUUGCCUCUCUUAAGCUGCAAGGACGGAUCAGCACGUUGACCUCUCGGGGAAAAUCUGGAAUCUGAAGGUUCUGAAACAUACCCAUUUGUAGUACUCCCGAAUGAACGUAACAAACAAGUCAGUCCUGAAAACCUCAAGUGUCUGGACAUGGAAAGGACUAUAGAGGGAAAGGCAACUCAUUUCUGAAGUAGUAGUUACCUAUGAUCUUACCCCUUUGCAUGCUAAGGGCAGGAGAAAGGCAUUGAACUGUCCCCCACCCUUGCCUUUUACAGUUGGCCUGGUGUGUGAAGAAAGGAAUAAGGAUAAGGGACAAGGUGCCAGAGAAAAGUCCCAAAGACACCUGCAUUCCCUUGGAUUGCCAUGAUAGGAACAUCAUGGUUUCUCAAGAACCAGGUUUAUUCUACAGAAGUUUUGUUGUUGUUUACUCACUAAGUCGUGUCUGACUCUUUGAGACACCAUGGACUGCACCACACCAGGCUUCCCUGUCCUUCACCAUCUCCCAGAAUUUCUAAAAUUCAUAUUCAUGUUAUGGCUUAAAUUAUCUUAUCAGUAUUCCAUAAGGACCAUACCCACUGAGAAAAGGAGCCCCGGAAACAAGAGCCUGGAGGGUAGAUUCUUUGGGGGCCAAGAGUAUGUUACAGAGUGCUGCUGGGGACUUGGAGACAGGAGUGCAUAGUUUUCAUAAUUUGAUUGCACCACAAAAAUACUCAUCACUGAGAUUGAUUUUUCUCUAAAACUGAAUGAAAAAAGGUGUCUGCUUUAGGCAGAUGGAGGGAGAGGCUACUCUAGACCCAGAAUGUUAGAUGCAGAUUUACCAUGUAGCAAGAGUCAUGCGUGUACAUAGCUGCAUUGAGAUUUCUGGUGGGAAUGGUCUACCUUAUCGAAGAUUGAAGUUUGGAGCCUGUUUGUAUUAAUAACAUGGUUUAGUGUGAUGUACUGUUGCAGACUGAUUAUGAGCCACUGGUCUAGAGUUUUCUAGAAGGGGAAAAAAAUGUUCUUUAUCUAUAAAUAACUCAAUGUAAGAAAUUAAUCUCAAAAACAAGUACUAAAAAAAAAAGAGAGCAACAAACUUUCCUUCCUACGAAACAUGUGUUUCUUUUCAUAUUUAAUAAAAUGAUCUCUUUGGGUACCUAGAAAGUUUUCAUUCAGGCUUCUUUAUACUCUGUCACAGCAACUGUAAUGCUUGCUAUAUUUGUCUUUUUAAUGCAACAACUUCUUUACAUUUUGGGUUAAUUUUUUUCUACCUAUUUACCAUGUUCAACUUGUCUGCAAUCUAUCUGCAUAUCUAUGCAUGUAUCUAUUACACCAAAAUCUUCUUUAGAAGUGUUGCUAUCUAAAUUUAAUAAUGUUUGUUAAAUACACUUCAUUUUUUCUUGACUUGUUCAUGUCUUUUAUCAUAAAUACAACUUGGAAAUAGAAAUUUAUAGAUAAAAGUUAUAAACAGAUUUACCAUGCAUUUUAUAAAAGUAUAUAUAUAAAUAUAUAUGAAACUGAUCUUAUGUAUACAUAUACAUCCACAUAUGGGACUUUUGGUAAAUUUCUUUUGGCUUUUUAUUUUUAUAUGCAAACAAAAGAGCUGGUGAUGAUGGCAUUUGAAUCUGUUGUCUCUAUUAUAAUCUCACAACUCUAAGCUUCCCACACAGUUGGAAAUACCAUUUAUCUACAGAAUUCCUCUGCUGGUGUGCUCCCAGGGAAGCAGAGAAAAUAGCGAGUUCAGUGCCUUUAAUGUUUCUGCUUUUUAUGUUCAUCAUAGUGUCUACAUUUAGCAAACACCCCCUCACAUUAAAAGUUUCUUUAUAUUUAACCUUAGGAAUUUCCUUUGGUAGGCCUUUCCUAAAAACUUGCCUCAGAAUUACACAAAUGCCUAUUAUUCUGAAAAAGAUGGGAAUACCAGACCACCUGAUCUGCCUCUUGAGAUUUUGUAUGCAGGUCAGGAAGCAACAGUUAGAACUGGACA